UUUUAUGCAUCUCCUUCGAAGCUCCAAAUUUCAAACACAAGUGCUUUGUCUUCCGACUUUUCUUCUCUUCGGGCUCCUGAGAUAAGGGGUUCUUCUUCUUCUUCUUUUUUUUUUCUCUAAACCGGAAAAAAAAGAAAGAAGAAAAGAACAUGGAUUUGCAUUCUUUUCUAAACUCAUACUUUCUUUUGGUCCUCCUCUGUCUUCUUAAUAUUUCCACCAUUAACUUAGCGAAGCCAUCAAAACAAGAAACAGUGCUUUUUGGUGGGGAGUUUCCGGCUUUGUAUGUUAUUGGAGAUUCAUUGGUUGAUUCAGGAAACAAUAACCAUCUUGAGACAAAGGUCAAAUCGAAUUUUUCACCUUAUGGUUCUGACUUUGAAGGUGGUAAACCUACCGGACGGUUUAGCAAUGGCAAAACAAUUGCUGAUUACAUUGCUAUCUAUUAUGGUCUUCCUUUGGUUCCUGCUUAUUUGGGAUUAUCGGAAGAAGAAAAGAAUAAUAUUUCAACUGGUUUUAACUAUGCUUCUGCUAGUUGUGGGAUUCUUCCUGACACAGGAAAGUUAAUGGGAAAAUGUCUCUCGUUAAGUGUCCAAGUCGAUAUGUUCAAGGAGACCAUCGCAAAUAAUCUGAAGAAGAACUUCAAGAAGUCAGAGCUCCGUAAACACUUGGCUGAAUCGUUGUUUAUGACCGCAAUUGGGGUUAACGAUUACGCAUUCUUCUUUAAUAUGACAACCGAUGCGAAUGAGUUUGCAAACAAGCUUCUUCAUGACUACUUGAUACAAAUAGAGAGAUUGCACAAGUUAGGAGCAAGGAAGUUCUUCAUCAACAACAUUAAACCAUUAGGAUGUUACCCAAAUAUGGUAGCUAAGACCGUGCCACGCGGAAGCUGCAACGAUCCUUUGAACCUUGCGAUCAGCAUUUUCAACACUAAGCUUAUAAAAAGCCUGUCUCGUAUGUCGCAAAAAUUCAACAAGAUUUCCUUUUUAUACUCCGAUUACUUCAACUACAUGUUGGGACUAAGAGGACCUUCAAGCAAUCAAGUUGGUUCGAGUCUAUUGAACGUGACAAGCCCGUGUUGUCCUGAAGUUUAUGAUGGAGGAAACAAUAAUCAUCUUCCGACAAUGAUUAGAGCGAAUUAUCCACCUUAUGGUUCGGACUUUGAAGGAGGCAAAGCUACCGGACGUUUUAGUAAUGGCAAAACAAUUGCUGAUUACAUUGCUAUUUAUUAUAAGCUUCCUUUGGUUCCUGCUUAUUUGGGAUUAUCUGAAGACCGGAAGGACACUAUCUCAACUGGUAUGAACUAUGCUUCUGCUGGUUGUGGGAUUCUUCGUCUCACAGGAAAGAUAGCUGGAAAAUGUCUCUCGUUGAGCAAACAAGUCGAUAUGUUCGAAGAAACCAUCGAAAAGCAUUUGAAGACGAAUUUCAAAACGCCAUAUGAGCUGAGAGAACACUUGGCUCACUCGUUGUUCAUGACCGUGAUUGGGGUUAACGACUAUGCAUUCUUCUAUACUAGGUUAACCGAUGCGAAUGAUUUCGCAGACAAGCUUCUUCAUAAGUUCUUGAAAAAAAUAGAGAAAUUGCACAAGUUAGGAGCAAGAAAGUUCUUCAUCAACAACAUUAAACCAUUAGGAUGUUACCCAAAUAUGGUAGCUAAGACCGUGCCACGCGGAAGCUGCAACGAACGUGUAAACCUUGCUAUAAGCAUUUACAACGAUAAGCUUAGAAGAAGCCUCCCUGUUAUGAAGAAAAAAUUACACAACACAUCUUUUUUAUACUCUGAUUACUUCAAGUUCAUGUUGGGACUAAGAGGACCUUCGACCAAUCAAUAUAGUUCGAAUCUAUUGAACACGACAGGCCCGUGUUGUCCUUUAGAUUAUGAUGGAAGUUUAACUUCAAGUUGCAAGCGCAGGUCGAAAACGUGUAAGGCACCAGAUUCUACUCAUAUUUUCUUUGAUCCGCGUCAUCCGACUCAGUUGGCGAAUUUCAUGUACUCCAUUGCGUGUUUCGACGAGAGAACUAUUUGCCAUGUGGUGUGAUUUAUAUUUAACAUUCAACAAUCUUUAGAAUAACACCAAUUUAGUUGU